GUAGACCCUGCCGAGCCGGUCGAGGUAGCUGUCGACUCAGGUGCUGCUAGGGGUGCUGACCCUGCGGGUGCGGGGACUGGGGGUGCUGAGACUGGGGGUGCUGUGUCUGGGGGUGCUGAGACUCGGCGUGCUGAGCCUGGGGGUGUGGCGCCUGAGGGUACUGUGUCUGGAGGUGCUGAGCCUGCGCGUGUUGAGUCUGGAGGUGCUCUGGGUGUCCCGUCGCGGCGGGAGCCCCUCUCUCCACAGCGGCUUCGUGAGUGGUACUCUCGACGCUGUCGGGUUGCUGCUGGAGGUGCUGCUGGUGCGGGUGCUGCUGGAGGUGCUGGCGCUGCUGGAGGUGGUGCUGGUGCUGGAGCUGCUGGAGGUGCUGCUGGUGCUGGAGCUGCUGGAGGUGCUGCUGGUGCUGGAGGUGCUACUGGAGCUACUGGAGGUGCUGGCACUGCUGGAGGUGGUGCUGGUGCUGGAGCUGCUAGAGCUGCUGGAGCUGCUGGAGGUGCUGGUGCUGCUGGAGGUGGUGCUGGUGCUGGAGCUACAGGAGGUGCUGCUGGUGCUGGAGCUGCUGGAGGUGCUGCUAGGACUGGAGACCCUGAGGCUGAGGGUACCGGUUCUGUCUCUGCUGUUUCUCGAGGCGCUGCGCGGCCGCGGCCGUACUACGUUCCGCUUCUUCAGCAGGUUCUUGGCUCCCCACCUUCUCCUAGUCCACCGCCUGUCCCGUCUCAGUCGCAGUUACAGCCGGCCUCUCCGCUGCCUGGUCCUUCUCCUUACUCUGGUCCGACUAGAGGUCUUACGGAGCGUCGUGAGCCUGAGUCGCGUCCUGUGUCGCCUGCGUCUCGUUCUGCGUCGCCUGUCCGUUCUGUUCGCGCUGGUCGUGUUUCGCGUCCGCGUCUUCCUCCUGUCCCUGGCACUCACUCUAUGACUCUGCGUCCUUCCACUGCUCUACAGCAUGUCCCUCUGCCCUCUCCUCCUGCGUCCUCUCUUCCUGACGGUCCGGACCCGGAGUCUGACUCCCUUCGUGCUGCUAGUCCUACUGUCACGCGCUUUCUGGCCACUGCUGUCACUGACCCCCUGUUUGAGUUCUCUGCUGCGUCUGCUCUUGUUGCUGAGCUUGUUGACUUUGCUGCAGCCUGUCGCCUAGACUACGCCGCUAGUCUUGUUGCUGAGUCUGCGUCUGUGUCUGUCUGUCCUCCGUCCGUCGGGGGUGAGUGUGCUCUUGGCACGGACGUCCUUGAGGACAGGCAGGAGGACCUUGAGUGCUUUGCUGCUGCUUCACCUCAUCUCGUGUCCAUGCUGCUUGCCCCUGAGGGAGACCCGGAUGCACUAGACAUCCCGACCCCGCGCUCUUACGCAGAGGCGAUAGAGGGUCCCUACUCCUCCCAGUGGCAGGCAGCCAUGGACGCAGAGAUGGCUUCCUGGAAGUCCACAGGCACCUACGUAGACGAGGUUCCCCCACCUGGGGCGAACAUCGUCAGUGGCAUGUGGAUCUUCAGGGUGAAGCGGCCGCCGGGUUCUCCGCCUGCCUUCAAGGCGCGUUACGUUGCACGUGGCUUCAGUCAGCGACAGGGAGUUGACUUCUUUCAGACCUUCUCCCCUACCCCGAAGAUGACCACUCUUCGGGUACUGCUGCACGUUGCUGCUCAGCGUGACUACGAGCUCCACUCGCUUGACUUCAGCACAGCCUUCCUACAGGGCAGCCUGCACGAGGAGAUCUGGCUGCGCCGCCCACCUGGCUUCACUCGGUCGUUUCCUGCUGGUACCCAGUGGAGCCUCCGGCGGCCAGUCUACGGUCUCCGCCAGGCGCCCCGUGAGUGGCACGACAUGCUCAGGACGACUCUUGCUGCUCUUGGUUUUGCUCCUUCCACUGCUGACCCUUCUCUGUUUCUACGCACUGACGCUACUCUGCCGCCGUUCUACGUUCUUGUGUACGUAGACGACCUUGUCUUUGCUACUGCUGACACGGAGGCACUCGCCCACGUGAAGUCCGAGCUGCAGAAGAGACACACUUGCACAGACCUGGGUGAGCUCACAAGCUAUUUUGGCUUGCGGAUCACCCGGGACAGAGCACAGCGCACCAUUACCUUGACUCAGUCACACAUGGUGCAGCAGGUCCUUCAGCGCUCCGGCUUUACCUACUCCUCGCCACAGUCCACUCCUCUGCCUACCGGUCACUCGCUCUCAGCUCCACCUUCGGACGAGUCCGUAGAGCCGAGUGGCCCGUAUCCAGAGCUUGUGGGCUGCCUCAUGUACCUGAUGACUUGCACACGACCUGACCUCGCAUACCCUCUCAGCCUUCUGGCUCGCUACGUGGCUCCCGGCAGGCACCGAAAGGUGCACUGGGAUGCUGCGAAGAGGGUGUUGCGAUACUUGUGCAGUACAUCGGGCAUGGGGCUCGUGCUUGGAGGACGGGGUCCAGUUGUCCUCACUGGACACGCGCAGACGCUUCUUGGCUCCAGUUGUGAGGCUGAGAUCUACGCUGGGGCCAUGGCUGCACAGGAGCUUCGCUGGCUCACCUACCUGCUGACCGACUUGGGAGAGGCGCCUCGUUCUCCUCCAGUUCUGUACGUCGACAACAAGGCCAUGCUGGCCUUGUGUCAGGAGCACAGACUGGAGCACAGAACGAAGCACAUUGCUCUGCGCUACUUCCUUGCUCGAGAGUUGCAGCAGCGUGGCCAGCUUCGUCUUGCUUACGUGGCCUCUCAGGCCAACACUGCUGAUGUCUUCACCAAGGCACUUCAGCCUUGUGAUCAUCAGCGUUUCUGUACUGUGUUAGGCCUUGUACCUACUGUGCCUCACUUGUUGACUUCUUGA